AUGGAGCCAGCACACGUCAACGUCCAUGACAAUCGUUUCGAACACGUCCACCUGGAUAUGAUCGAGUUACCACUUGUGAAAGGCCUUCGCUACUGCCUCACCAUGAUUGACAGAUUCACGAGAUGGCCUGUAGCCGUUCUUCUAAACAACAUUGAAGCAGACACAACAGCCACUGCAUUGUAUACUCAGUGGGUCGCACAAUUUGGAACUCUACUUCACAUCACGACUGAACAAGCCUCGCAAUUCGAGUCCAGGUUGUUCUCAGCAUUAGCCAGGUUGGUAGGAGCUAAAAAAAUCCACACAACACCUUAUCGACCUCAAUCUAACGGGUUGGUAGAGCGCUGGCACCGCACAGUAAAAGCCGCACUGAUGUGCAACGCACCAACACCCUGGGCAGACCUGCUACCAACUGUCAUGCUGGGAUUACGAGUUGCCGACAAAAAGGACCUGAAAGCCUCUCCAGCGUAG